UCCCAGCCGCACAUUUGAAAUCAAGCAGUCAAAGUGAAAACUUGAAACAAGCGAGAAAAAAAACGCAGUCCAAAGUGACGGUUGAGAAGUGAAAAUUAUUUAACAAGUGAUCUGAAAAUUGUUUAAAACGUCAUACAAAAUUAAAAAUCACAAACCAGUUUUAAACUAAAAGGCUAGAACAAAAAAGCAACAAGAUGCCAGCUAUUGGAAUCGACUUGGGCACCACGUACUCGUGCGUUGGUGUCUUCCAGCACGGAAAGGUGGAGAUUAUCGCGAAUGACCAGGGCAACCGCACAACCCCAUCCUACGUUGCAUUCACCGAUUCAGAGCGCCUAAUUGGAGACGCUGCCAAGAACCAGGUGGCCAUGAACCCAAAGAACUCGGUCUUCGAUGCCAAGCGAUUGAUUGGUCGCCGUUUCGACGAUCCCAAGAUCCAGGAAGACAUGAAGCACUGGCCAUUCCGCGUGAUCAACGACAAUGGCAAACCCAAGAUGAGCGUGGAGUUCAAGGGCGAGGAGAAGCGCUUCGCUCCGGAAGAGAUCAGCUCGAUGGUGCUUACCAAGAUGAAGGAGACGGCCGAGGCCUUUUUGGGCACUACAGUUAAAGAUGCCGUCAUCACAGUGCCCGCCUACUUCAACGAUUCUCAGCGACAGGCCACCAAAGAUGCCGGCGCCAUCGCCGGAUUGAAUGUGCUCCGCAUUAUCAACGAGCCCACCGCUGCUGCUCUGGCCUACGGCCUGGACAAGAAUCUUAAGGGAGAACGCAAUGUGCUCAUCUUUGAUCUGGGCGGCGGAACCUUUGAUGUCUCCAUUCUGACCAUCGACGAGGGAUCGCUCUUCGAGGUGCGCUCCACCGCCGGAGACACUCAUCUGGGUGGCGAGGACUUUGACAACCGUCUGGUGAACCACCUGGCCGAGGAGUUCAAGAGGAAGUACAAGAAGGAUUUGCGCUCCAAUCCCAGAGCACUUCGUCGCCUUCGCACGGCUGCCGAGCGUGCAAAGCGCACUCUAUCCUCCAGCACGGAGGCUUCGCUGGAGAUCGAUGCUCUGUUUGAGGGACACGACUUCUACUCCAAGGUGAGCCGCGCCAGAUUCGAGGAACUUUGCGGCGACCUCUUCCGCAACACGCUCCAGCCCGUGGAGAAGGCACUCGCCGACGCCAAGAUGGACAAGGGCCAGAUCCACGAUAUUGUCCUGGUUGGUGGCUCGACUCGCAUUCCCAAGGUGCAGAACCUGCUGCAGAGCUUCUUUGGCGGCAAGACCCUUAAUCUCUCCAUCAAUCCGGACGAGGCGGUGGCUUACGGAGCUGCCAUCCAGGCAGCUAUUCUUUCGGGAGACGAGAGCAGCCAGAUCAAGGAUGUGCUGCUGGUGGAUGUGGCUCCUCUAUCACUGGGAAUUGAAACCGCUGGUGGAGUGAUGACCAAGCUGAUCGAGCGCAACAGUCGCAUUCCCUGCAAGCAAUCGAAGACCUUCACCACCUACGCGGACAACCAGCCAGCAGUGACCAUCCAAGUUUUCGAAGGAGAGCGUGCUCUGACCAAGGACAACAAUGUGUUGGGCACCUUCAAUCUGACCGGCAUUCCGCCAGCUCCUAGGGGAGUACCCAAGAUCGAUGUCACCUUCGAUCUGGAUGCCAAUGGAAUCCUGAAUGUUACCGCCAAGGAGCAGGGCACUGGCAAUGCCAAGAACAUCACCAUCAAGAACGACAAGGGUCGCCUCUCCCAGGCGGACAUCGAUCGCAUGCUCAACGAGGCUGAGAAGUACGCCGAGGAGGAUGAGCGUCAUCGCCAGCGGAUUGCCGCUCGCAAUCAACUGGAGAGCUAUGUGUUCGGCGUGAAGGAGGCGGCCGAACAGGGUGGCGAUCGCAUCAGUGCGGCGGACAAGAGCAGUGUCCUGGAGCGCUGCAGUGAGACGGUAAAGUGGCUAGACAGCAACACAACCGCCGAGAAGGAGGAGUUCGAGUACAAGCUGAAGGAGCUGACCCAGUUCUGCAGCCCCAUCAUGACCAAGAUGCACCAGCAGGGAGCUGGCGACGGACAGCAGGCUCCAAACUGCGGACAGCAGGCGGGUGGCUACAAGGGUCCCACCGUCGAGGAGGUGGACUAAGUCCAAAAUCAGGAGUAAAACUAAUGUAGAUCUCAUAACCAAAAAUUCUCCUAGUUAAAAUAUGCUACCGAGUAGUAUUUAAUAAAUAUUAUUUAUGACUUGCCAUAACUUA